AUGGAUCCUGGUGGAAACACACUGCAUCUCUGCGUCGAUAGCCGAUGCCUGAUUUUCCAGAUCUCUCGGGCUGAUUCCAUACCUCCAAACUUUCGCAAAUUCCUUUUGAACGGUGACUGUAAAUUCGCAGGGUUUUGGAACAAAUGGCAUCGCAAGAAGCUUGCUGACUCGAAGCAUGGUUUGUUGAUGUACGCGGGUAGUUUUAAUCUCAGGUGGAUAGAGCCAAGUCUCCGUGAUGAAUGGACUGAGGAGAUUAUUCACAAGGGUCUCGGAUUCAAAGUGGAAAGAUCAGAGCAAGCGAUUGGAGUGGACCAUUUCUCAGUGACGAUCAAGUUGUUUAUGCUUGCGUUGAAGCUUACUGCGCUUUCAUCUUUGCCAGGAACUUCAAGCUGGGUGAUUAUGUGUUCUAGUAAUGAUCAAGUUGUCAUCUAA